CGCUGGGCUGGACAGGAAACGACGGCGCGGCGCGCGCGCGUCUCCUCAGCAGCUGCGGGAGAAGAGAAGCAGAAUGGCAACAGAUCCGUGGACUGCGGGCCAGGCGGAGGGUGAAAGCCAGUCAGCGGGCACUUUCAGAUAAACUACCCGCAGAAAUAAUCCCAAUAUUAAGAAUAAUCGUAGUCUUCUUGGUUAGUUCCAGUGAAAACGGGAAGGUUAAUUCACUCCUCCUUGCGGGAAAACGGGAUACUACGGACCUUCUUUGUGAAGAAGCUCGUUCAUUGAAUGAAUUAGCGGGUUGCUGCUUUCGUCUGACCCUUUAACCCCACGGAGAGGAGAAAGCCACUUCUGAGAUGGAGCAGGUGUCGGAUGAGGAGUUGGAUCACGGGGCGGAGGAGGAGGACAGCGACAAGGAGGACCAGGACCUGGAUAAGAUGUUCGGCGCCUGGCUCGGGGAGCUGGACAAGCUCACACAGAGCCUGGACGAUGGGCGGCCUCAGAAAGCCCUGCAGAAACCGCCCCUCAGGCAGGAGACCAACAUGGCCAACUUCUCCUACCGCUUCUCCAUGUACAACAUAAACGAGGCUCUGAACCAAGGAGACGCGGUGGACCUGGACGCCCUGAUGGCAGACCUGUGCUCCAUCGAACAGGAGCUGACCACCAUCUCCAAACCAAACUCCAACUCCCGCAGCCAAAACAAAGGCCAGCAGAGGGCCCCGGGGGGCCGCAGUGCCAGCACCAAGCACUCCGGCACCGGCGGAGGGGGCAGCAGUGGAGGAAGUGCCAGCAGCAGCACCCGAGCCUCGCCAGCCAACACGGUACGAGGCGGCAGCCUGAACGCUCGCCCCGCGGCCUCCAACAUCUCCCUGGAUGACAUCACUUCUCAGCUGGAGAAGGCCUCGCUCAGCAUGGAUGAGGCAGCCCGUCAGACCUCCUCUUCCUCCUCCUCUUCCUCCUCUUCGGUGUCCUCCGCCACCCUCCGGCGGCCGUCCUCCGAGUCCUCCGGCGGCGGGAAGCACCGGCGGACGGGAUCGGUGGACGCGGUCAGCGAGAAGGAGGCCGGAUCCCAGCGCUCCAGCGUGAACUCGGCCUCCGCCUCCAGCAUGGACUCCCUGGACGCGGACAAAGCGCCGACGGGAGGAGAGGGGGAGGGUCAAAGCAGCCCGGGCUCACGGGGGCAGAACCAGACCAGUACUGAGCAUGUCACGCUGAGGCGGCCCGGCGGUAAGGCGACCAGGCGGCAGCUUGACUUCACAUCCGGGGGGGGUGAAGUGGAUCGGACCACCCAUUCCUAUCUGGACAGAGAAACCUCGCUCAUUCUGAAAAGCAUAGCAGGAAAGCCUUCUCACCUCCUGACCAAGGAAGAGCAAGCCGCCAAGCAGAAGGCGGAGAAGAUCCGAGUCGCCCUGGAGAAAAUCAAAGAGGCGCAGGUCAAAAAGCUGGUGAUCAGGGUCCACAUGUCGGACGAGAGCUCCAAGACCAUGAUGGUGGACGAGCGGCAGACGGUCCGCCAGGUGCUGGACAGCCUGCUGGACAAGUCGCACUGCGGCUACAGCCCGGACUGGUCUCUGGUGGAAACCAUCACGGAGCUUCAGAUGGAGCGGAUCUUCGAGGACCACGAAAACCUGGUGGAGAACCUGCUGAACUGGACCCGGGACAGCCACAACAAGCUGAUGUUCAUCGAGCGCAUCGAGAAGUACGCUCUUUUCAAGAACCCCCAGAACUAUUUGUUGGGGCGGAAGGAGACGUCGGAGAUGGCUGACCGGAAUAAAGAAGCUUUACUAGAGGAGUGUUUCUGCGGCGGCUCCGUGUCCGUGCCCGAAAUCGAGGGGGUCCUGUGGCUCAAAGACGACGGCAAAAAGUCGUGGAAGAAGCGCUACUUCCUCCUCCGAGCUUCAGGAAUCUAUUACGUCCCAAAAGGCAAAGCAAAGGCGUCGCGAGAUCUCGUCUGCUUCCUGCAGUUGGACCACGUCAACGUUAAUUACGGUCAGGACUACCGCAGCAAAUACAAAGCCCCCACAGACUACUGCCUUGCUUUGAAGCAUCCUCAAAUCCAGAAAAAGUCCCAGUACAUCAAGUAUUUGUGCUGCGAUGACGUCAGGACCCUCCAUCAAUGGAUUAAUGGAAUCCGCAUCGCCAAGUAUGGAAAGCAGCUGUAUGUGAACUACCAGGAAGCCAUGAAGAGGACAGAGGCCGCCUACGACUGGUCCUCUCUUUCCACAUCCAGCAUUCGAUCCGCCUCCAGUUCCGCCAGUAUUCCCGAGUCCCAGUCCAAUCAUUCCGGACACUCGGACAGCGGGGUGGACACGAGCUCCUCUCAUGGCCGGUCCCAGAGCGUGGUGAGCUCCAUCUUUUCAGAGGCGUGGAAGAGAGGAACCCAGAUGGAGGAGAACUCCAAGAUAAGGCCGGAAUCGGCUCGUGGGUCCACGCAUUCCCACGGCCACCGCCACCACAGCCAGCACUCGCUGGACCAGCCGGUCCACGCCCCCCCUCCGCAGGCUCAGCAGCAGCCCCAGCACCCGUCGGCUCAACCCCAGGUUUGGCCCGGUCAGCAGACUCCGCCCCCAACGAUGCCACAACCGCCACCUUUCCAGGCCCCUCCCCCGCCCUCACAACUCCCCCAGGCUCCUCUGCCGACGCCCCAAGGUCCUCCUCAGUCGCCCCCGUCUCCACCACCACAGCAGCCACAGCAGGAGAUGGAGGAGGAGGAGACCGUCGGUGGCUACAACACCAUCCCCCCGCAGCCCGUCUCCGCCCCGCCUCCGCCGCCACCUCCACCCCCUCCACCUCCUCCCCCACCCCCUGUUCAGUUGGUGUCGAACCACUCGCUGGCCCCCACCCUGUACAAGUACAGCACCAUCACCCGGCUGCAGAACCAGAACUCGGCCAACAACCUCAAAUUGGCGGGUCACUUCAAGCAGGGGGGGCCCCCAUCUCCCGCUCCGCCCCCGGCGCCGGUCCCCAAACCCGUGAAUGUGAAUCACAUCGCUGCAAGGACUAAUGUCCCGCCCCCGCCCCCUCCUCCGCCUCCGCCGUCCAUGCCCACCCCCGGGUCGGCGAUGGCCGUUUUGAAGUUGGGCCCUCCGAGCCCAGCGGCUGCGCCUGCGUUUGUCCCGGCUCCACAUCAUUCUUAUAUGAACGGUGCUGCGUUUCCCCCUCCUCCUCCUCCACCACCUCCCGCACCGGCUCCCACGGGUCAUGCCGCGCACGCCAGCGGGCUCAAGCAGGCGCUGAAGGAGCGGUUUCCAAGCCCACCGCGAGACCUGCUGUCCCCAAACGGAGCUUUGGAGGAUUCCCCACCACCUGCUCCAGCUCCUCCACCACCUCCUCCCCCACCCCCUCCCCCACCUCCUCCUCCACCACCCCCCCAGCAGCUUCCGAUACCAACCCAGUUCCCCCCUCCUCCCGGACCUCCACCAGCUCCACCAAAAUCAUUCAACGCCGCCUUUCUCUCUCAAACCGCCCCCAAGCCCACGUUCCCGGUCUCCCCGUUCCCCCCUGCUCCACCUCCUGCUGCCAUGGGGGGACCUCCUCCACCACCACCGCCGCCGCCGCCUCCCCCCGCACUUGCACCAAUCAAGAGGCAGUUCAGCCUCCAGGGAACACACACCUCCAGUCACCCCCCACCCACCCUGCCCAAGCAGCACAGUCUGUCCAAACCGGCGAACCUCCCCACGGCGCCUCCACCCGCCACGUCUUUGGUGAAGCAGCUGGCGAGCCAGUUUCCAGGAGGUUCCUCCCAGCUGACGAACCACACGGAGCCCCCCAGAGCCCCCAUCUCCCCACCUGCCGUAAAGACCAAACCAAGAUGGCAGCCAGGCGGGAUUCCGCCAUCCCAGGAGUUCCCACCUCCGCCCGACAACAACGGCUUCCCGGCACCACCCCCACCUCCUCCACCUCCGCCUCCGGUGCCUGUCACAGGACCAACACCCCCUCCUCCCCCUCUUCCCCCUGGGAACCUCAGCGUCACAAGCUCACCCUCUGGGUUGAAUGUGGGGGCCAAGAAACCUCCCCCCACUCCCCAGAGGAACUCCAGCAUGAAGGACAACGCCUCCGCCUCCUAUGAGGAGUCCAGGAGAAACCUGCUCAGCAAGUUCGCUCCACAGACCAGUGCGCCCAGCACCUCCUCAAAUGCAUCUCCAUCAAACGGACCCCCUGCUCCCCCCAAACCAGGAAAGCUUAACCUGUCCAACCUCCCUUUGGCGCUUCAAGCGAAGGUCAGUCAGGCCAAGCAGUCCGGCAGCGAUUUCCCAUCACCACCCCCUGACUGUGCCUACUUCCCGCCUCCUCCUCCGGUGUCGGACCUCUUUCCGCCUCCGCCGCCUCCAGGGAACGACAACCAUAUUGGAGGCCCCCCAAGAGUGGCGGUGGUGAACCCUCAGCCCCAGGCUCCUCCUCCUCCCCCUCCAGUCUCCCUCGUCAGCAACUGCACCUGGGGAAAGAGCUCCCUGAAGAAGACUCCUCCCCCUACGCUGGGACGGCGCAGCAACGCCACCCCGGACCCUCCGGCCGUCUCGCCUCCUCCCCCCACCUCUCCGAAGGGGAACUCAGGCCAGCCCAACUUUCUCGAAGAUCUGAACCGGACGCUGAAGCGGAAGUCGGUGGGUCGGCAGGGUUGUGCGGGCCUCUCGGGUAAACCGGACCCCACAGGGACCAUGGACGACAUGGCGCUGCCGCCGCCCCCCCCAGAGCUGCUCCCGGACCACGGAAAGCAAAGCAACGGAGGAAACGGUGGCUAUAUGUCUGGAAACAUCUCAGGCUAUGCAACGCUGAGACGGGGACCCCCACCCGCCCCGCCCAAGCGGGGGGAUGCCACCAAACUUACCGGCUAGUGUUGAACUCUGACAAACGGACGCAGGGAGGUGGAACUUUUCGGGCGGCGGUUAUUUACGGAUUCAGACACACGUCAUCGUCCAACAGUGUUCUUUUUUUUAAACCGGCUGGAGUUUUCAGAAGGAUACCGGAACAAAAACAAAAAAAGGUUGACGUUUUAUACUCAGCAUCGCCCUUCAUGGUAACCGUCACUGUUCACGCCCGACAGGAAGGCUUCGCCGAAAAACGGCGCCAAUAUUUCAGGAUCCGAAUCUUUUUGCCUUUUUGCUAAACCGGAAAAGAAGAAAACCGCGCCAGGAAAUGUGUCCCACUGCGACUUUGCAUGGACCACACCUGUCCCGGCCUGGGUGCAUGUAUGACACGGCGUCUGCAUGCAUGCUUGGUGAGCGUGCACGCAUGCGGUUGUCGGGCGGACAAGGUCAAAGGGCGUCAGAAUGAAGACUGUUUGGUUUUGUAUGCCGGGGUUUAAAGACACGAGUCUCGAAGACGUUUAGAAGCCAGUCAGCAUUUCGGGAGAACAAGAUUGGGCUACAGAGGAAUGUAUGUGCAAGGUGCUUUACCUAAAAGAAAAAAGGAAAAAAAUGUGAGGUUUCAUAGUCUAAACCAGACCGUUGCACUAUUGGUUGAACCCCAGGGCAGCCUUACUUCUGAAGUCUUGCACCAAAGGUCAAAACUGAAGGAAAUCUGGUGUCCAAAGAGUCUGAACUGUGCAACUUUUUAUUAAAAGCCAAUCCUGUAGUAUCUAAGGAGACAGUGUGUGUGUGGGGGGGUGCUCUUCUGUAUCUUCAUGAGUUCCUUGUGUGUUCUGGACCUUUCCGUUUGGAUCUGUACAGUUUUCAGCUGCUGCUCUGUUACGGUUGAUGCCCAACGCAUCCGUGAAUCACUCGAUUUCCAGGAAGUAGACACAGCCGUCGCCUCUGCACAGAGCAUCGUAUCUGAACCUACAGAACUUGGACUAUAGCCCCAAACGUGCGCUCAACUCUGUUGUGUCUUCUUGGUGCCAUUGCUGCUUCAAGAUUCUUUUAUUUUGAAAUCAAAACGCUUUGUUUUUUUGAGAGUGCUUUCUUAAACUCCUUCUGGACUCGUCUUUAUGUGCCAGGACGACAUGUCAUUAAUAAUCACAUCAUUUAAAGGCAUAGAGCUCAGUGGAAAAGCGUUCCCGGUCAAUCUGUCAUGAAGAAGUCCAUCGAGGCGUUUCCAUUUGUGUCUAAGUGGUUUUUCCAACCACACCAGGACGGUGUAUCUAAUGACGUUUUACAGUAUGGAAGUUAUUUAUGUGCCGAUGUAAACGUGGGGUCAGAUGAAGUGCAGAUUAAAAAAAAAAGGCUUCAGGUUGAAUUAUUGUGUCAUCUUUCAUAUAAACUGAACUGUUCAAACAAGA